AUGAUGAUGGUUGUGAUGAUAACUGCUACCGAUGAUUCCACAUGGAAGACGCUCGCAAAGUUCUGUUCCUGCCUCGACAGCUUGACCCCUCUGAGUGAGAGAGAGAACCACGCUGCUGAUGACUCCGAGGGAGGGGCCCUGGACAUGUGCUGCAGUGAGAGGCUGCCGGGUCCCCCCCAGCCGGUAGUGAUAGAGGCGCUAGACAAGGCUGAAGGGCUCCGGGGCUCGCACAGAACAAUGCCACCGCCCCCACCACCCUCACGGCUCUCAGAGCCAGCUCGGAAACCACCACCUAGAGUCACCUGGAGCGACUCCCUGGUUCUCUGGAGCAGCCUGUGCCUGUUUGCUGUUUCACAUUUCCUGCUUGCCUUCGGGGUGCUCUGGUAUAGUGGCUUCGGCUACAUCUGGUUGAAGAAUGCCACAAACUUCAUCUCUUCCACCUUCACAUUCAUGGAACAGCUGCUCCUAGGACCCACAGCUUGGCUGGGUGUUGAGACCUGGGGAGUCUCCAGUCUGCUGCUGGUCUCUCUGUCUGUAAGCGUGGUCCUCAUCACCACCCUGGUGUGGUACCUCCUGAGAGCUCCCCCGGAGCCACCCACCCCACUGCCCCCCGAGGACCGACGCCAGUCUGUGAGCCGUCAGCCCUCCUUCACCUACUCAGAAUGGAUGGAGGAGAAGGUCGAAGAUGACUUCUUGGACCUGGACCCUGUCCCUGAGACACCUGUGUUUGACUGCGUGAUGGACAUCAAGCCUGAGGCUGACCCUGCCUCGCUGACCGUCAAGUCCAUGGGUCUGCAGGAGAGGAGAGGCUCCAACGUCUCCCUGACCCUGGACAUGUGCACACCGGGCUGCAAUGAGGAGGGCUUCGGCUACAUCAUGUCCCCCCGUGAGGAGUCUGCCCGCGAGUACCUGCUUAGCGCCUCCCGUGUCCUCCAAGCCAAGGAACUUCACGAAAAGGCCUUGGACCCCUUCCUCCUGCAGGCAGAGUUCUUCGAAAUCCCCAUGAAUUUUGUGGAUCCAAAAGAAUACGACAUCCCUGGUCUGGUGCGGAAGAACCGGUACAAAACCAUCCUUCCUAACCCUCACAGCAGAGUGCGGCUGACCUCGCCGGACCCUGACGACCCCCUGAUUUCCUACAUCAAUGCCAACUACAUCCGGGGCUACGGUGGGGAGGAGAAGGUGUACAUCGCCACUCAGGGACCCAUCGUCAGCACGGUCAGCGACUUCUGGCGUAUGGUGUGGCAGGAGCACACACCCAUCAUUGUCAUGGUCACCAACAUCGAGGAGAUGAAUGAGAAGUGCACUGAGUACUGGCCGGAGGAGCAGGCGACCUAUGAUGGUGUGGAGGUCACUGUGCAGAAGGUUAUUCACACGGAGGACUACCGGCUGCGGCUCAUCUCCCUCAGGAGCGGGACCGAAGAGCGAUGCCUAAAGCACUACUGGUUCACAUCCUGGCCUGACCAGAAGACCCCAGACCGUGCCCCACCACUCCUGCAUCUGGUACAGGAGGUGGAGGAGGCAGCCCAGCAGGAGGGGCCCCACUGCGCCCCCAUCAUUGUCCACUGCAGUGCAGGGAUUGGUAGGACGGGCUGCUUCAUCGCCACCAGUAUCUGCUGCCAGCAGCUGCGACAGGAAGGCGUGGUGGACAUCCUGAAGACUACAUGCCAGCUCCGUCAGGAUAGGGGUGGCAUGAUCCAGACGUGUGAGCAGUACCAGUUUGUGCACCAUGUCAUGAGCCUCUACGAGAAGCAGCUGUCCCGCCAAUCCCAGGAGUGA